AUGAAUCGAGUAUUAGGCAUCUCCCAUCAUCUUUCGCAGAGGACCAGCUUCACUUUCGGAGACUACAUCGCUAUGGGCCCUCUCUCCAUUGCGGCGAGCGUCACUGGUGUCUUGGCAUUUGCCGCAUCUACAGCGCGCGGCUUGCACUCGCUGGUCAUGGAGAUACGGGAUGCGCGCGAGGAUAUCUCAGCUGUCGGACGCGAUGUGCAGUCUCUCGUAGCGGUCCUGGCGUCGGCGCAGGAGACGUGCACCAAGUACGAUAUUUGCCGCGAAGACAAAGCACUUGCCGUCGCGCUAGGAGACUACCUCGAUAUGUGCCAGGAAGCUAUGCAGGGAAUCCACAUCUUGCUCAAGCCGCUGGCAUCAACGGGCGGAGGAGGCAAAAGAAGUCCGCUGAGAUUCGCACUUGGUUGGACAGUGCGGAAGAGUGAGAUACGAGGUCUGAGAGCAAGACUAAACGAGGGCAAGGCAAGUUUGAAUCUAACAUUGUCGGCAUUGAACGGCCUGCUGGAAGGCAAAGGUCAAGACGACAUCAGGGCGGAUAUCAAGGACGCCUACGUCAAGAUCAUGAGUGAGUUCCGAAAUUUCGAAGCUGGGAAAAGAGUCAAACGGCGGAUCGAAAACGAUGUCGCAAGCGCUUCAACAGAGCGCGGCCGUCGAGCGUCACUGUCUGAGGUCACCGACCCCGAAUUCUCCAUGAGGCGCUUUCUCCAGCCAGUAACGGAUGACGGGCUCGUGGCACGCGGUAUCAAUGCCACGAUGGGCGAGAGCCACAAUACCGCAGAUACGGCAGCGCUUUUGAGUCCUUGGGCUAGUGAUCCCAACGCCAUACUCGAGGCAGUCAGAGCUCGGAAUCAGCACCUUAUCGAGACACUUCUCAAUCAAGGAUUAUCCCUAUCGACAAGAUCGGUACAGGGUUAUACGGUCUUGCAUUAUUGCGCUAUCGCCGACGACGCAGAGACUGCAAACUUGCUGAUUGAGCAUGGAGCCGAUAUCAACGCUAAGGACUACGAGCUGCGAAGUCCUUUUCGCCUGGCCUUAGCUUCAGAAGCUUUGAGCGUGGCGCGUCUUUUGUCUGAGAAGGGAUGCAUCAUCGGAGACUCAUCCACCGCGCUGCUGCGGCUUACAGGACGUUCUGAAGAGGUCCCCGGUGUUCGUCCGCUUCUACAGUCCCUGGCGAAGCGACUCAUUGAAACUGGUCAAGGCCCUUUCUUACUACACCAGGCCAUUUCCGACGUCGACAAAUCUUCGAUGAAAAUACUUCUCGACGAGGGGUUCAGCAUCAGCAAGCCUGAUCAUCGCGAAAGAGGUGCUGAUGUGAACCAAAGAAUCACAAGGCACGUGAUCGAUGAAGCCGGAUUGCCCGAGACUUGGCCAGACACGGAUGUCUCCGACAAUCUGUACGGAGCUACUGCAGUAUUUCUUGCUGCGCGAUACAAAAGAGACCCAGCAAUGACAAGGUUUCUCAUUGAUCUUGGAGCCGAUCCCGAUGCCCCAAUGUGGGAUGGCAUGGGUAUAUGCGCAAGAGAUUUUACCGCACAAGCAAAGGUCAUGGUCGAGGGCGGUUCGGACAUCAACCGCCCAACACAUGGCGGGCGUGGGGUUUUGUAUUGGACCACGAUUUGCGAAAACAAUGAUCUGAUGAAGACCCUCAUCGUCCACGGAGGGGAUGUCAACUCGUCACAUCCGGAUGAAGGAACAUUGCUCAUGAUUGCAGCGGCCAGGGGAAAUCUAGAAAUGACGAGAAUGCUGGUAGAAGCAGGCGCGGACGUGUUCAAGCUGGAUAAGGACGGCAAAACUGCCUUGCAGAUUGCGUCUUCUCAUGGAAAACAGGAUGUUGUAAAUGCACUUCAGGCGGUCAUGUAG